AUCGUACUGGAUGAUCUCUUCUUAAUUUGGACCUUUUUGUUUCUUCCACUGGUUUCCAUGGAGAUUCCAGAGAACGAUAACAGUAUUUCUACAGUCACAGGCUCCGAAUUCGGCGGUGGUUCUGUCACUUCACACGAUUCUAAUGGAAAUUUACAAUCUCCCCCAGCACAUGAAGCUUUGGCCAGAGGCCUCUCAUCGAUUCUCUCCACCACCAUCUCCGAUUUCGAUUCCAAAGCCCAGGAUACUCUCACGAGCCAGCACCACCUCUCUUCCUCCAUCGAUCGUCUAACCGGAGAACUUGACAAACUAUUAGAAGAUGCUCCACUGCCAUUUAUCAUGCAAUAUGCUGCCAAGAUAUCUACUGUUAGAAAGAGAGUUUCAUCAAUGAAUUUAGUUCUCAAGUCCAUACAAAGAAGAGUUGAUAACAUGGACCGGAUGCUGUCUGUGAGCACAUUGCACGAUAAGGUGGCCCCAGAAGGUUCUGAACACCAAAGUUAUGGAAAAGAAGAUCCGGCUAGAAAACAGAAUUAGAAACUUGUUUCAGUGGAAGCUGUACAGAUGGAAUGGAUCAUCAAGAGCUUAAUUUGUCCAAGAAGAGCCAUACAGAACCAUAAUGUGGCACGGCAUACACACGUAAGAGCCAUACAGAAGACGAAGUACAGGUUUGAACUAAGUUUGUGAAAUCUUCAAUCUUGUUGAAAUGAGAAAGAACCCAUGAGAGUGAAAAUGUGAAUGAAAUUGAGGAAUUUAAUUAGUUUGCUUAGCGGCCUUGAGUUCAUAGUCAAACAAUUUUGUUUUGAGAAUGAUUUGAUUGUUUCAUAUAAACAGCAAGUUAAUUAAAGUUAAAAGUAAAUAAAUCUUGGGGUUUGUUUUCUUUAAGAAUAGGAAUAUUUUUUGGGAGAGAAGCUUGGCUUGGAAGAUACAGAAUGACAUUUUUGUCUAUGCGUGGUAUUUAACAAAAUAAAGACUUUUCUUUA